AUGUCUCCGGGUCAAAAUGGAAUCUCAUUGCUAUUUUACCACGCAGGCUACUAUGAGAUAGCAUGCAGUAUAAUGGGACAGUUGACGGCUUCCGAUGUUGGCGCCCUCUUAGCUUCACUUCGGAUUACACCAUCCCAGCAUACAGUGGAGACGUUCCUACAGCCACUACGAGACUUUGACUAUACCAUGCGACAGUUUGAGCCCUGGUUCGAGGAGAAAUGUCAGAUACUAAUUAUCGGCCCGGACACUAUUCGAUUGAGCGACCGGAUCUUCAAGGCAGACAAGUACUACAAGGAAAAGCGCUCAAGUCAAGCUCGGCUGGAGGUGUGGAUAAUUGCGAUCCCCGCCACCUUUGAAAAGAGCGUUAAGGACGUUCAACGCCUCAGGUACCGUUCUUAUGCCUCCGCGUUAUUUUCUCUGCAAACGCGCGCAAAAGCAGGGAUUGCUGGGCAAAAGCUUCUCGAAAAUAACCUGAUCAGGCAGAUCAGUUAUACAGGAUUCAAACCACGCAAAGUAUCUGGAGAGUACCUAGAUGUCAAUGUUUUCGAUCUUUUUAACACGACCACACAUCGGUAUCUAGAAACACAUCUAAUUGGGCUUGAAUUUGCGGGAAUGGAAUUUGCCAUCGAGUGGAACAUCAAGGAUCCAAUGUCGAAGGAUCACUGCUGGAAGGCAAGUCACGGACUUCCUUACAUUGAGGCUGCUAGCCCUCGCGACACCAAGGUAGCCGUGAAAGACCGUUGGCGUCAUCCAAAACCUCAAAGCCUGCUCGCCCUGAACUCUUGCGCUUUGUCGCAACAGCGGAAGUACUUAGGGCUCGAUGACACCGACCCAAUAGCAGUAGAUACGGAGCCAGAGACAAGUAGAGUCCAAGGCCGCGGUCUCAAGGCCUUGCAGGUCAUCAGAUUGCCAGCUGGCGUCCCCUACAAUACCACGGCCCGCUUAGCCACAGAUCUCAGAGCUACAGAUCCCUGA